AUGGGUGACCUUUUGUUCAUUGAUGACAUCAAGCCUGGAAUGAAAUCUUGGACAGCUAUAGUAACGGUCCAAGAAAAAUUGAAUGUUGGCUCUGCACCCUCCACUCCAACAAAAUGGCAAAAGUUUAUUUUUGUUGACUCAAAUGGGUCAAAGGUCCAGGGAGUGCUUUUUGACUAUGCCAUACAGAAAAUGGGGCCUAAGCUCAAGCUUUACAAAAAAUAUCGCAUCUCAAAUGCUGAAGUCAGGGCUGCUGCUGAAAGGUUCCAGCUUGAUGGACUUAAACUCCAGUGGAUUAUAAGCACCAAAACUGUUGUUGAAGAAAUUGAUGAAGCUGAUUCAAGUGUGUUGCCGUUCCACUUUGAUUUCACGGCUUAUAAAGACCUGCCUCCUUACGUAGACAUGAAAUAUGAAACUGUUGAUGUCAUUGGAAUAGUCAUUCAUGCAUCGGCGAUUAUUCCAAUCCACAAAGAUUCACGUGAAUUACUGGUGCAAAAAUUUUGGCUUGUGAAUGAAGAAAUGAAUCCUAUUCUGCUGUCUCUUUGGAAUGAGUUCACUGAAAAUCAAGGAAAAUCUAUCACUGAUCUGAAAGACAAGCAUCCCGUUUUAAUAUGUCGCAGGCUCAAUGUUGUUAUGUACAAUGGAAUUGCUUUGUCAACUAGGAAUGACUCAGUUAUUCUUGUCAAUCCACCAGUCAGAGAAGCUAAUCAGCUAAAGCAUUGGGCUGCCAGGAAUGAAAAAAGCUUUGCGGGGCUUCUUCAGGAUAACAUGCAUGCUAAACAAAGUCCUCAGCUAUUUCACGAAUCACAUCAGAAAAUUAUUUCUAUCAUUGAUGUUGUACCAACGCAAAAGGUUUUCCUCAAAGCCAAUGUAUUGUCUAAUCUUAACUCGAGCUUUAUUACAUACAGGUGUCGCUUUGAUGUAGACCUCACUGACCACACUGAUACACUCACUGCAUCUGUGUUUGGUGACUUAGCUGAAACUUUGCUCACAUUUACUGCACUUGAAGCAAUGAAUUAUCACGAAGAGCUAAAGCCAGCAGCUACCAGGGAUGGAGGAGGUCAUCAGCGUUAUACAAUUGUCUAUUGUUUUGAGGAUGCAAGCUCUGAAGAAUCUGCUAACAAGUCUGCAAAUCCUAAUGUCCAGACUUGUUUUGAGGAAGUUGGCAAUACUGUCCCAGCAAGUGUAGCACCAGAAAACCAAGUUUCUUCAUCAAAGGUGCGAAUUCGUCUUGAUACAAAGUUUGAUCAAUCUGAAGAUGCAAACGACAAUACAUCCAAAGACGAGAAGGCAUCCAUCAGCAAAAAGGCAAAGAAAAAUUGA